AAUUUUUUACAAUUAAUUUUAAAUACCUGUCCAAUAAUAUUGAAUAUUUAUCAUCAGAUUAGUCAGGAAAAUGACCAAACCAUGAAAAUUCGUUUCGGCUGUGACAUCGCUACAAACACAAAAUAGCCACGUCACUUUCUAUUAGUUUCUCGAGUGAAAUUAGACCACACAAACUUUGAUUAAAGUAAAAUAGCGCUUACCGCUAUUUUACUUUAAUCAAAGCACACAACAUAUUGCUGCUCCUGGAGUUUUGAAUCUGUCCAUAAAAUUCAAAUUAUACUUUAGUGCUCAAAAGAUGAGUUACAUGAACUUAGGUGAUCACUUUACCAUGAACGUUUCAGUUGUUUUUCAUGAAUACAAUGGGACCUAAAUUUAGCUAGUUAUUUUCGACACCUAAGCGUUUUAGGGUUAACUGCGGUAUUUCACAACCCGGCUGACGAACACAACUUCCUUUAAAUUAUUAUAAAAGGGGCUACGCACUCUGCAGAUCGUCUUAGUUGCACCAGUAUCUAUGAGGUCGUCAGCCACCACUCCCAGUUUAUACUUACAAUGAUUGCAAGAUCAUUGAUUUUAACACUUCUACACGCUUCGCUUCUAGUAUCCAGUGUUCUUUCCGAAGAUGUCCGAGCAAAGCGACAAGCCGGGUACGUGUAUAAUAGACCGAGUAUAUCCUUCGAUUUACCUCCUCGGACAACGGGGGCACCUACACAAGGCACUCAAGCCCCUAAUGUUGACAGGACACGAGGUGGCGCGCAGCAGAUGUUUUACGCGUACCCGGCGCCCGCGAGCGGCUCCGUGGACAUAGGGUACUCCACCACGGGUUCCACUGCUGGGACCACAACGACAACGGCCGGAGGCUACAGUUAUGGAGGAGCGCAAGUGGGAGGAGGCGGUGGCUAUGGCGGGGGCGGGGGCGGGGGCGGUGGAGGCUACGGUGGAGCAGGUGGUGGUGCCGGCGGAGGCGGUAGUGGUAGUGGCGGUGGCGGCGGCGGCGCUGGUGCAGGUGCUGGAUAUUCUUACGAUGCACCCACAACCGCAGCGCCACGGCCAAGCCCAACACCAGGUUCACCAGGCACGGUAUCUACUAACGCACCGGAGUAUUUGCCACCUGUCGGGGGUGAAAGCGUCUCAAUAGGCGGAAGCACGGGGGUUACACUAGCCCCACUCCUGGAUCUAGCCCGACUCCAGGCACAAGCGCAACUCCUGGGGCGAGCCCAACGCCAGCGCCUACUCCGACCGCCUCGUAUCUGCCGCCGAACCCCUCCACUCCAGCCCCAACCCCACCUCCACCACCGCCUCCGCCAGGGCUGGAUCCCGGCGCCGGGUAUUUCCUGCCGAUUCCUUCCCCUCAGUUUCCGCCCCCAGCCGGUACGCCCCCUCCAGCCGGGACCCCGUCUCCGCUACCUCCCCCAACAGCUGGAUACUCCCCCUGUCUCGUCACCUGCGCCAACUCCAGGCACCGUGUCCACCCCGGCUGCAACGUACUUGCCACCAAUAUUUAAGAAAUAAAUUAUCUACCUCUAUUGUGUAAUUAAUUACUGUGUGUAUAAUAGCUCUUCUUUUAUAUUUGUUUUUAUUAGUGUUUGAUAAAAAAGGCGA